UUCCCACGCAGCUCCGAGGCGCAUCACGUCGCAGCGGAUCUUUUCCUUCUUGUUCACCCGAACCGAGCCGCAGAGACCAUGGACCUGACCCGGACCGCGCUGUGCCUCAGCCUGCUGGCUGUUCUGGGUCCAGUUGUUCUGAGCGAACCGGACCCGCAGCCGGCCGCCGCCACCAGCCCCACGGAGCAGCAGUGCCUCACCUGCGAGGUGCGGCAGCACAUCAAGACCAUGCGGAUCAACGCCAUCAAGUCGCAGAUUCUGAGCAAACUGCGCAUGAAGGAGGCGCCCAACAUCAGCCGGGACGCGGUGCAGCUGCUGCUGCCCAAAGCGCCGCCGCUGCAGCAGCUGCUGGACCAGUACGACGUGCUGGGAGACGACAGCCGGGAUCCGGUACCGGAGGAGGACGACGAGCACGCGACCACCGAGACUCUGAUGAUCAUGGCCACUGAACCCGACCCGGCGGUCCAGGAGGACGGGGAACCGACCUGCUGCUUCUUCUCCUUCACGCAGAAGCUGCAGGCCACGCGGAUCGUGCGCGCGCAGCUGUGGGUGCACCUGCGCCCCGCGGCCGAGGCGACCACCGUGUUCCUGCAGAUCUCCCGCCUCAUGCCGGCCACGGACGGCGGCUGGAGGCACGUCCGGAUCCGCUCCCUGAAGAUCGACGUGAACGCCGGGCUGAGCUCGUGGCAGAGCAUCGACGUGAAGCAGGUGGUGGCGGUUUGGCUGCGGCAGCCGGAGACCAACUGGGGCAUCGAGAUCAAGGCCUUCGACUCGGGGAACGACCUGGCGGUGACCGCGGUGCAGGCCGGGGAGGACGGGCUGCAACCGUUCAUGGAGGUGAAGGUGUCUGAGGGCCCCCGGCGGGCCCGGAGAGACUCGGGUCUGGACUGUGAUGAGAACUCCCCGGAGACGCUCUGCUGCCGCUACCCGCUCACCGUGGACUUCGAGGACUUCGGCUGGGACUGGAUCAUCGCCCCGAAGCGCUACAAGGCCAACUACUGCUCCGGGGAGUGCGAGUACAUGCACCUGCAGAAGUACCCACACACCCACCUGGUGAACAAGGCCAACCCCCGGGGGUCCGCGGGCCUCUGCUGCACCCCCACCAAGAUGUCCCCCAUCAACAUGCUCUACUUCAACCGCCAGGAGCAGAUCAUCUACGGAAUCCCGUCCAUGGUGGUGGACCGCUGCGGCUGCUCCUGAGUCCGGGCCGCCGCCUCAACGCUUCAGGCUCCAGACGGAUCCGACGCCUUCCUGCAGCCACCUGAGGCCACCAGCAGGGCGGCGCUUUCACCACCAGCAUACUGUAGCUUUCUUUCUUCCAGUGAACUUUGGCCGUCCGACUCAAAGCCGGACGGGCGCGAGAACAGAGCAACGCCUGACGGACCGUGAAGUGAAUGUAGACAGAAAUGAUCCAAGUUAAACCAAAGACAUUCAUCCCCACAAAGUUCCUGCAUCUCUUUUCUGUCUGAAGACUAAAGUUAGUCAAUUAUUAACAGCAAUAAUUUGAGUUAAUUAUCCUGAUAGAGAAAAACAUGGAGUUUAAUUGUUCACUCCCUGCUUCUCUUCUCAUGAAUGUCAGUUUCAAACGAAGCAUUUAGUUUGAAUGGAGCUAUUUAGUUCACAAGAUAAACUUAAGUCAUCAGUGAGCAGAUAACUAUUCAGCUCCGAACUACAUAGCUAGCUCUGAGCUAGCUUAACAUUUAGUUAGAUUUGAGCUGCAUACAUUUUGGCUAGCUGAGCAGCUAGCUACCAAGCUAGCUAUUUAGCUUGCUGACUAAAUAUUUAAUUAGAAACUUUGGGAUUUACAUAAGAAUGAAUAACAUGGUGAAAAUGUGAGUUUGAAAAAUGAAGCUGAUGUUUUUCUCAGAUUAUUGCUGAUGGUUUUUGGCUUUAAGACUCACACACUCGUUUCUACUCGUUGCUUCGUUUGUGAACCAGUUUAAGGGUCUCUGACGUUUGAGACCCGUUGGAGUCACAUUUCACCCAACGAGCCGCUAACAGAGAAACAUCCAGGAAAUGAAACCCACAGCAUUCUGACAGCAGUUAAUAUCAGCUACUCUCCCCAGCAUGGCGGUUUGACUGGAGCAGAACCGGUUCUGGGUAAACCCAGCUGAGCGGUUCUGAUUGUAGCGUCGGCCCUGAACUGAAGGCUCAGAACCCGAGAUGUGACUGACCCAGUUUGCACUAUGGCACACCAAUAGGACCAGUUGGUGGCUACAAAAAGGGUUGUAAAAACUGAUUUUGAUAUGUUUGAUAAUUUGUAUUGUGUGCAUUUGUUUCCGCUGAUGGUGAGUGUAUAAAAACCACAAUGUAGCAAAUAAAACAUGUUAUACAGAAACUCUCUAUAUGUACUUGUUUCAAUAAAUAAGUCUGUAG